GCAUUUAGCCACGCGUCGUGUAUGGAGUCCAAUUAAUUCUGCAGUUUUUGUGACUGUGACGAUCCAUGUCUCCAUCGAGUUUCUUUUAAAAAACACACAGACCUUAUUCUUUUGACAAUAACUUUCAUCAGUCUAAUCAAUGCAAUGUGGAAAGCUGUGAAUAAGGAAGAAAAGCGGGUUAAAGAGUUACUUGGCAACGCUAGACGUCGAGCCCAGAGAAGAAGGGCGUAUUACGAUUCCAAGCUUGGUGACCCUAUGCAGCUUCUGCGUGUCUCCGGAACUGCGGUUCAGCUUGUUACCAAUCCUGAGAUCUAUACAUUCAAUGAGGACAUGAAAAACUUAAUGCCAUGGGCGAGCGAUCCAUCUGUGAAAAUUGAUCGGUUUGAUGGAAGGGCAUUGCUGGAUUUUAUACCUACAGCAACACAAGCCAUGAUUGAAUCUGGUCUGAAGCCAGACAAGGAUGAAGAUGGGAUUGGAAAUGAACUUCGAUUCCAACGCUGGCAUGAUCUAGUUGAUAAGAUUCGUUUAGGAGUGUCUGAGGAACAAUGUAUUAGGAACAACGAGGAAGAGUGGAACGACCUUGUAGCUAGGCAUCAUGCAUUGAUUGGAAAAGUCUCUGAAAAGUAUGUAUAUUCUUGAGCUAACGGUAUAUAUCUCCGGAUUCCGUUUAGUCUCACUCUACUAAAAACAAGGAGACUGCCGUUGCAUCCUGGAAAACUUGAAUGAAAUGUUAGGAAGCAAGAAUCCAAUGAAACACCUGCAGCCACUUCCAGCUUUGCAUUUGAUUAUGGCACAGGAGCCAGUACAGGUGCAGGUACAGGCACAAGCGCAGGCACAGAUGCUGCUGUACAGAAUGAUAAUGAUAUUGGAAAAUUGGCCGA